AUGAGCCGCCAGUUCAGCUCUCAGUCUGCGUUUAGCUCCCGGAGCAGGCGGGCUUACCGUUCUGGCUUCUCUGGGGGCUCUGGUGGUGGGAGCCGGGCAGCAGGGUCUGUGUGCGUGGCCCGGGGGAGGUGUGGCGGCGGUGGUGGUGGCUAUGGGGGCUAUGCCAGGAGCUUUGGCUCUCAGAGCCUCUACAAUCUGGGCGGCAGUAAGAGUAUCUCCAUUAGCCUAGUGGGGAGAAGCCCUAGUGGUUUCCGGCAGGGAGGGGGAUUUGGAGGGGGCAGGAGCUUUGGGGGUGGUGGUUUUGGAGGUGGCGGCUAUGGAGGAGGUGGAUUUCGGGGUGCUGGAUUUGGAGGUAGCAGCUUUGGGUUCGGGGGCUUUGGUCCUUCUUGCCCCCCGGGGGGCAUCCAAGAGGUGACUGUUAACCAGAGCCUCUUGCAACCACUCAACCUGGAGGUGGACCCUGAAAUUCAGAGGGUCAAGAGCCAGGAGCGGGAGCAGAUCAUGGUUCUCAACAACAAAUUCGCCUCCUUCAUUGACAAGGUACGCUUCCUGGAGCAGCAGAACCAGGUGCUCCAAACAAAAUGGGAGCUGCUGCAGCAGGUAAAUACCUCCACCCGCACCAACAACCUGGAGCCCAUCCUGGAGAACUACAUCAGCGAGCUGCGAAAACAGGUGGACUUCCUAAAUGCGGAGCAGGUGCGCCAGAACUCCGAAGUCAAGAACAUGCAGGACGUUGUGGAAGACUACAAGAGCAAGUAUGAGGAUGAAAUCAACCGGAGAACCAACACUGAGAAUGACUUUGUCAUCCUGAAGAAGGAUGUGGAUGCCGCUUACAUGAACAAGAUGGACCUGCAAUCCAAGGUGGACACACUGUUUGGGGAGAUCAACUUCCUGAAAUAUUUAUUUGAUACAGAAUUGUCCCAGAUGCAGACUCACAUCAGCGACACCAAUGUCAUCCUGUCCAUGGACAACAACCGCUUCCUGGACCUGGACAGCAUCAUCGAUGCCGUGAGGACCCAGUAUGAGAUCAUUGCCCAGAGGAGCAAGGAUGAGGCUGAGGCGCUAUACCAGACCAAGUACCAGGAGCUCCAGAUUACAGCCGGGAGACACGGGGAUGAGCUGAAGAACAGCAAGAUGGAGAUCGCAGAGCUCAACCGCACCAUCCAGAGGCUGCAGGCAGAGAUUGGCAACAUCAAGAAGCAGAUUGACCAGAUGCAUUCGGCCAUCUCGGAUGCAGAGGAGAGAGGAGAGCGGGCCCUCCAGGAUGCCAAGCAGAAGCUGCUGGACUUGGAGGACGCCCUGCAGCAGUCCAAGGAGGAGCUGGCCCGGCUGCUGCGCGACUACCAGGCGCUGCUGGGGGUCAAGCUGUCCCUGGACGUGGAGAUCGCCACCUACCGCAAGCUGCUGGAGGGCGAGGAGAGCCGGAUGUCGGGAGAGCUGCAGAAUCACGUGAGCAUCUCUGUGCAGAGCAGCCAGGUGACAGUCAGCGGCUCAGGCUCUGGAGGCGGCGGCGGCCGAGGCUCAGGCGGCUACAGCGGCGGAGGCAGCGGCGGCGGCUACGGCGGCGGCGGGAGCCGGGGCGGCGGCGGCGGGGCCGGUUACGGAGGGGGCUCCCGGGGCGGCAGCGGAGGGGGCUACGGGUCGAGCAGCAAAAGCAGCGGCAAGUACGGGGGCCGGGGCGGCUCCUCCCGCGUGCAGAUCAUCCAAACGUCCACCAACACCUCCCACAAGCACAUCCUGGAGUAG